AGCUGUUUAUUAUCGUGUACAAAAAAAAAACAUACAAACUAUCUUAACAGAUUGUGCAAACUCAAAUUUAAUACCCAAAAGUAUCUAUAAUUUAUUAAAAUGGAACAAUUCAAAGGCUCAGAGAAAACACUUUUCAUAUGGACACAAUCAUCUCUUGUACAGGCCAGUACAGAAAAAUUGAAAGAGGCAACUGGCGGCGAGGUUAUUCUAGAAAAUAUCAAUCGCUUGACUUUCGCUACUUACGGCGAGUCUACGUUUGAUCUAAUUGUGAUUGAAAAUGCACAGUUGACAGAUGCUUUCGAUAAAUUGCUGCGCUUGCUGAAGCCAAAUGGAAAAUUAUAUUUAGCCAGUAUUUUUGGUACACCGGAAGUUUUUCAACAAGAACUAAAACUUUCUGGCUUCAUUAACGUUAGUAUAAAUAAGGAGGACGGUACUUUGACUAGUCAGAAACCAAAUUAUGAAACUGGCUCAGCAAUCAAGCUGUCCUUUGCUAAGAAAGACGGCAAAACACCAUCAGUAUGGAAAGUUAAUGGUGAUGGCGAUGAAGAGCUAAUCGAUGAAGAUGAUUUGUUGGAUGAAGAGGAUAAAAAAAAACCGGAUCCUGAGAGUCUAAGAGUUUGUGGCACCACUGGUAAACGAAAGGCCUGCAAAAAUUGUUCUUGCGGUUUAGCGGAAGAGCUUGAAUCUGAGGCUGCACAAAAGUCUAAGGCUGACACAGCAAAUGCUAAAUCCAGCUGUGGCAAUUGCUACUUAGGUGAUGCAUUCCGUUGUUCUUCAUGUCCAUAUAUUGGCAUGCCUGCAUUUAAGCCUGGUGAAAAGGUAGAAUUGGCUGGCAAUUUACUUAAUGAUGAUAUCUAAGCAAUUUUGAACACAUUUUGCUGUGAUUUACAUGCAUCGUAUUUAAUGCUAUUAAGAAUUAAUAUAGCAUAUUUAAUUCCGACUGAUGUGAGGAAAUAGUUUUAGGAUAUCAGGAUUUGAUGUAUGCUAAAAAAAUGUGCAGCAGUUUACAUAAUUUUGAGGUUUGGUUUGCGAAGUUUGAGUGUGUUCUCUUGCCGUUGCCGUUUUUGGACCACCCUACUCAACCAAUAAUUAGCAGUAGCUUUUCGAAACAACCUUAAAUAUCAAUAUUUCGCAUAUAUAGAAGUUUUAUAUAUGUAAUUUAUUUUUCAUUUAUGAAAUCACAAUAUGUGUGCUUAAACAAUUUUAGUAACGAGUAGUAAACAAUAAAAUUUUGCACAUAACAAUAACUUAAAA